AUGGCAUCGGCUAACGAGAACCAUAACAACGGCGACAAGGCCUCUACAAACUACAAGGAAGCAUUCUCCCUCUUUGAUAAGCGCGGAACCGGCCGUGUUGCCCUGGAAUCGCUAGGUGAUCUGCUGCGGGCAUGCGGACAGAACCCAACGCUCGCUGAGAUCAGCGACCUGGAGAAGGGAAUUGGCGGAGACUGUGAGUUGAUACACUGGCUGGUGAUUGAAGCAAAGGCAAAACAAAAACUGAUAUAUGAGGGUUUAGUUGAUUUCGAUGCCUUUUCCAAGGUGCUCAACCGACCUGGUGGAUUCCGUGACCCAGGAGAGCCAGAGGAGUACUGCCGUGGCUUCCAGGUCUUCGACAAGGACAUGACUGGCUACAUCGGUGUUGGACAACUUCGAUACAUCUUGACCAACCUCGGUGAGAAGAUGUCCGAUGAAGAGGUUGACGAGCUCCUCAAGGCCGUCGACACCAGCUCUGGCGAGAUAAACUACACCGAGCUCGUCCGAACGAUUCUUGCCAACUAA